AUGGAGCCAUGUGGGCAUUACUGCCUUGAAUACUCAGAGGAGACGACCUUGACCUCGUGGCAAAGACACAAUUCCCUCUCCCGCAAAUGGUUCCUGCUUGGUCAACCAAAACACCCUCACGAUUGGAGUGAUAGGCCUAACCAAAUCCUCAGACGCGCUAGCCUAUUGCGCCACGGAGACGUGCUUAUUGAAACGGUGGCCCGACUUUUGGAUCCACAUACCCAGGUCAUUUCGGCUAAGGUGGGCAUUCUCCCUCUGUGGUUGGGAGUACGAAUCAGCUGUCAAUGCUAA